AUCCUAAAUCCGAAACAAAAACAGAUAGUAAUGGUUCACGGAUAAGUAUAAAUACGCGUCGUGUUUUCCGCUUUCUCUGAAGAAAGGGAAAAAUAUAACACAAUCCCGAGAACAAGAACAAAGAGGACGACGCCAUCGACAUUAUCAUCCAUACCAACACUUGUUCCAAAAUUUGGCUUUUGAUUAGGGUUUCGUUUUCCUCAAAGCUCAAAUACGAGGGAGCUUCUUUUUUCACAGGUAGCUUGAUAAGAUGAAUUUAGCUGUGGAGAGCUCUGAAGAUGGGGAAGGCCUUCCGGAGCCUCCCGAUCCUGAUGUUCUUGAGAUUGACCAGACUUGUCGAUACAUUAGGUACAAAGAUGUGCUUGGGAAAGGUGCUUUCAAGACAGUCUACCGAGGUUUCGAUGAAGUCAAUGGAAUUGAAGUGGCAUGGAACCAAGUUCAGAUUGAUGAGGUGUUACAAUCACCAGAUGGCCUAGAGAGACUAUACUCAGAAGUGCAUCUCUUGAAAUCAUUGAAGCACAGAAAUAUUGUAAAGUUUUACAACUCCUGGAUUGAUGAUAAGAACAAGACUGUCAAUAUUAUUACAGAGCUAUUUACCUCAGGGAGCUUGAGACAGUAUCGUAAGAAACACAAGAAAGUUGACAUAAAGGCUUUAAAGGGAUGGGCUAUACAAAUUUUGAAGGGAUUAGAAUACCUUCACAGUCACAACCCACCAAUUAUACAUAGGGACUUAAAGUGUGACAACAUAUUUAUCAACGGCAAUCAUGGAGAAGUCAAGAUUGGAGAUCUUGGGUUGGCAACUGUCUUGGAGCAGGCUAAUGCUAAAAGUGUAAUUGGAACCCCCGAGUUCAUGGCACCUGAAUUGUACGAUGAGAGUUACAAUGAGCUGGCUGAUAUAUAUUCCUUCGGAAUGUGCAUGCUGGAGAUGGUGACAUUUGAUUACCCUUAUAGUGAAUGCAAAAACUCAGCUCAGAUAUAUAAGAAGGUUACUAGUGGAAUAAAACCAGCUGCACUUUCUAAAGUAAUUGAUCCAUCCAUGAAACUUUUUAUUGAGAAGUGUAUAGUCCCAGCAUCUGAAAGAUUGUCAGCUAAGGAGCUUUUAGUGGACCCCUUUCUCCAAGGAAAUGGCUCGGCAAAAAAUCUCACUCUGCCACUUCCAGAUAUUGUUCUGCCCAAAAUUGGAGCCUUUGGAGAUCGUUGCGUGAUGUCUGAAGGGCCUACAAAUGCCCAAGUUAUAUCUAUUGAUGAUGGUGAGCCACCUAUUAUUACUACUUUUGUUAACCCAGUUGAAUCUUUCAAUUCUCUCAGCGUGGAGGUUCAAAGGACAAAGAGAGGCAAUUUCUUUCUCCUAAAAGGAGAGCAAAAUGGUGAGAACUCUGCAUCAUUAAUACUAAGAAUAGCUGAUGAAAAUGGUACGUAUCAUGUAUUGCUCAUCUCUAAUUCAUUUAAAUCUGUAUCAAUUUUAACAGCAUAUGCUAUACACUACAUUCUCCUAUUUACAGGUCGCGCUAGGAAUAUACAUUUCAUAUUCUAUCUCAAUAGUGAUACAGCCCUUUCAGUUUCAAGUGAAAUGGUUGAGCAACUAGAAUUACCUGAACAGAAUGUUAAACUCAUAGCAGAAUUAAUUGAUUUGGUGCUCAUAAAUUUAGUACCUGAUUGGAAGCCUUGUGUUCAUGUUGAUCAUCUAAUUGCUUCAAAUGGAGGACCUGCCCAUAUGACACACAAGAAAGACUCUGGCACACCAACAUAUGCACAAAGCGGGAUUGGAUCAUACCAAAAUGUUUGUGAAGCUGCCAGCACCUCGAAUGAUCCAGUUUUGCCGACUUCUUCCUCGUUUGAAGGUUCCGCUCAAUCAAUGCCUGAUAACUCCAACCACUCCAAGGCUGAUGAGGUCAUUUCUAACGCAAAUUCAAAUCUGCAUGAUGAAGUUACAGAGGAAGAUCGGAUGUCUUAUGCUUCUGCAAUCUCUCAUGAAUGUAGUGACAAAAAUUGCUCCCCUGAUUCUUAUUGGAAUACAGAGUUUGGGUAUGCUGACAACAAUAGCAAUGCAUCAUAUUUAGAAGCGAGAGAUUCUCUUACUGGUUUGGAGAGCCAUGGUUCGGUGACCUUAAUGAGCUAUCCAAGCCAAGUGUCUUCUUCAAAUCAAGACGAAGAGGAUAAGUUGAGGAUGGAGCUGGAAUUGAUAGAACUGCAUUACCAGGAUGCUGUCAAAGAAAUAUCAAAGAAAAGAAAUGAAGCUAUCAUGGAAACAAGAAAAAAACUAUCACAGAAAAGUAUAGAGUCAAUUUACUAAAAUUGAAUUUAUUUGUCCUUUUUUUCUGAUGGGUAUGGGUUCAUUUGUUUUUCUUAUCCCUCGCUUUGUCUUGAUUACAUUUUUUUUGGCAAGUGUAGAUAGUUGGUUUCAGGAAGGUAAUUUAUUGUAAUAAUGUAUAUGGUAGAGUUCAUUUCUUCUUGACGAAAUAGUGUCUUAAUUUAUUUUGGGAUUUUAAAGAGAAAUUACUACUAACAUUUAAAUAA